ACUGCAGUGAGGUGUUGCAGUGCGCUCAUGGAAGCAGAUUCAGUUUUUACAAGGUUGUGACUGUGAAUUCAAGUGACUAUGUUCUACACUAAUGUAACAAGGAUAAAACAUUUCUUCAUCCUCGGAUUUCCUGAACUGUCACUAGAGUAUUAUGGACCUGUGUCAGCCCUGCUUUUUGUGCUUUUCAUGUCUAUAGCUGUAGGAAAUAUUUUCAUUUUAGUGUUUGUUAAAUGUGAAAGGUCUCUUCACAAACCUACAUAUCUGAUCUUUUGUCACUUGGCAUUAACUGACUUAGCAUUUGGGACUGUUACUCUGCCAAAGAUUAUAUCAAAGUACUGGUUUGGUGACAGCAUUAUUUCAUUUUAUGGAUGCUUUGCACAAAUGUAUUUUGUUCAUUUUCUAGGGGCAGCUCAUUCUUUCAUCCUGAUGGUGAUGGCCCUUGAUCGUUUUAUUGCAAUUUGUGCUCCACUGCGUUACACAGUUCUUUUCACAAAUACCACUGUGUCUGUGCUUUGUGGAAUAUCAUGGCUUAUGCCAAUAUCAUGGAUGGUGGGUGUAGUUAUUGAUGCUCUUACAUUGCCUUUCUGUAAUUCAAACAUUAUUGUACAGUGCUAUUGUGACCAUAUAGCAAUAACAGCGCUUGGAUGUGAGAACGUACGAGAGGUUCAGAUAGUAGCAUUUGGUCUUGCCAUGUUCAGUUUGUUGUUGCCUCUGAGUUUUAUUGUCUUGUCAUAUUUUGUCAUUGUGCUGGCUGUUAUGAGAAUAUCCAGCUCUGAGGGCCGCAUCAAGACCCUGUCAACCUGCAUGCCACAGCUUCUCAUCACAUUUCUGUAUUACAUGCCAAGAUGUUUUGUGUAUCUGGCAAAUAAUUUGGGAUUCACUUUCAGUGUUCCAGUUCGCAUUGUUGUUGUAAUGAUGUACAGUCUUCUACCUGCUGCUGUCAACCCAAUAAUAUAUUGUUUCAAAACCAAGGAUAUCAAAGAAAGCUUGAAGAAGAAAUUCCUUAUUAGAAAAAUUAACAUCAGCACAAAAACUUGAUAAAAUACAAUACAAUUUUUUUUUUUUUUUUUUUUUUUUAUUAUUGUCAACUUUAUUUUCUUGUGUUCUUAGCUCAUGUUUUGACAUAUUUUCAUUCUUUCUCUCCACAUUACUCUGUUGUUUUAUUGAACUGUAAGUACUUUAUAACUUUGUUUAAGUACAUAAAUAAAAUGUAUACAGUUUCUCAUUAUAAACAGAUUUCAUAUCAGCAUUCUCUGUUCAAAAACUUUGACAAAUGCUAAAAGCAGGGAAACAGCUAACCCAGCUUUGUCCAAAGGCCUUACAGCACCUGUAAAGGUCACAAAGUAGCCUGUUAUCCUGUUUAAUCCAUUUUGUUUUAUGGGGUCCAGGUGUCUGGCUGCAGUCUUUUUGAGGUAGCAAGGAAACAGAACAUGAGUGCGGAGAGGAGCAGCAAAAAUGUCCCCUCCUUGCUCACAGAGCUGUUCAUUUCCUUUGCUCCUGUUCAAAGCCACUCAGGGCUGCUCCGAUCAAUCAACUAUUACAAAACGGCCUUGUGUGUCAGCUAUCUCAUUAGUUGGACUAAUACCUGUACGCCUUGCUUUGCUACUGACCCAAGGUGCCUUAAACUUCUGAUGAUCUCUGAUGGUCACACAAGUCUCUUGUAAGGAGACUAUUUCAGUUUUAAGGUGUUUUAAGUGGAAAAAUAUGCCACCUCUCUUAACUGGGCCUUUGAUUCCUUUGACAAGAAACUUAGACAUGCUUCUCCAUUUUGUGUUAAAUUACCCAUAAUCAAUCAUUAGGGUGUAUGCAAAGACAAGUAACAUAGUGCCUUGUUAAAGUAAGUAGAAAAUAGAGAAAAACAAAUAAUAAUGAUUAAAAAAAACAGCCUUGUAGGACCUAAAGCACAAAUACCCAAAAAGAAAACUCUCAGAACAGAGACCCAAUGAUCACACCAAAACAUUCCUAAGCUUGUUCAAAGCACUAGAACUAUUAGCAGGAUCUUAUAAACCUUUGACUUACAUAUGACCUAAACCUGUUACCUCCUUAACACACCUGAGCAGGCAAGGCUCCUGUAACUGCAAAUACACCGAUCAGCCAUAACAUUAUGACCACUGACAGGUGAAAUGAAUAACACUGUUUAUCUCUUUAUCAUGGCACCUGUCAGUGGGUGGGAUAUAUAUCAGGCGGCAAGUGAACAUUUUGUCCUCAAAGUUGAUGUGUUAGAAGCAGGAAAAAUGGUCAGCGUGAGGAUUUGAGUGACUUUGACAAGGGCCAAAUAAAUCUGCAGCUCUUGUGGGGUGUGCCCAGUCUGCAGUGGUCAGUACCUAUCAAAAGUGGUCGAAGGAAGGAAAAGUGGUGAACCAGAGACAGAGUCAUGGGAGAACAAAGCUCAUUGAUGCACGUGGUGAGCGAAAGCUGCCCGUUUGGUCCGGUCCAACAGACAAGCUACUGUGGCUCAAAUUGCUGAAAAGGUUUAUGCUGGUUCUGAUAGAAAGGUGUCAGAACAGACAAUACAUCCCAGUUUGUUGUGUAUGGGGCUACAUAACAUUAUGACCACCAGGAUGCCCAGGUGGUGAUAAUGUUAUGCCUGAUAGGUGUUUGUCUAUAACUUAAAACAGAGUAACUUAAUAAAGGGAAUUAGUGGAGGGUAACACCCAUAGCAAAAAGGUAACCCCUGACAACCAAGUCUUACCAUUAGCAAACAGACAAAAGUAACAAUGGUAAAGUUUUAAGAAACAAUAGAGAGAAAAAGUAGAUUACAAUGCCACUGCUUAGUGCCAAAUGCCUCCAUACCUGACUGUCCACACCAGGUUAUUUAGCAGCAAACAAACUUGGAGAAAUUACAAGGGCCAUCGACUUUCGGGGUCACCUUUUCCAGAAUGGUCCAUUUAUGAAUGACCAUUGGCAUUAACAUGCAUUUAGUGCAGAUGAGGCUUUCGUGUCCCUUGAACCGGCUUAGUAUCCACUAACCAGUGGGAGUGACCCACUGGUUCCAGAAUUCCUGAGCUUUUUGUGGUGAGUCUAAAUAGUAGUUAUCGCUCCGAAAUGAAACCUGGAGACAAGCAAGAUGCAGCAGGUGGAAUUUCAUUCCUUUCAGGUUAAAAGAGUUUCUAACGGCAUUGAAUGCAGCUCGUUUUUUAGCCCGAGUGGUGCUGAUGUCCAGGGAUACUCUCAACUUGGAGCCUGUGUUGCCUGGACCAUCUUAAAACGUUCUUUGUCCUGAAAACAGAGGAAUUUGAUCAUGAAAGCUCUUGGUUUCACCACGCCAGCAUCUCCUAGUCUGGGUGUGAGGGAGUGGUGGGCUCGCUUUAUCUCCGGAGGAUGUUGAGAACGCUGGGACAGGGGCACCUCCAUUAGUAGAUACAACCUUUGUCGGAUCCUGGUCCUUCUCGCUUCCUUUGGGUAUGUUAAUUACCAUCAGACUAAAACGCCUGGACCUUUUUUUGAGGUCAUCCACCAUUUCCAGCAGUACCGUGGCUUGAGAUUGUAGAGAUUCAACAACACCUUCCAUCUUGGUGAGUUUUUCAAAGUUUCCACUCAUCAAACCUUUCAUCAGACCUUUACUUUUAGUAAGACGGUUGUUGAAUGCUGACAUUUGUUGCCCCAGUAUGUCCACUGACUGCUUCAGGGAUUCUGCUUGCUCCGGCUUGUUUGCUGUUUUACCAGGAGUUUGAUGAAGGGUUGAUGUAUUUUGAGUGUUCAGUGGUAACUGGAGGCCUAGGUUCACAUCCAGACUUCUCUCCCUGAGUCUCGGAUAGCUUUAGGCAACCAAAGCACUUUGAUUUAAGCAGGGGUCAGCAAACAAAUUGGCCUUAUAAUGCCAAUUUCUCACAAACGAUCAAACAUACCUGUAAGCCAACCGCAUUGGUGGUGCAAGCAAAUUAAGCCACUGUUUGGAAACCAUAAACUAUUUUAUUGAACAUGUCCUGUCUCAUGUCAACACUGACCCAAGUUGAACUGGUGGAAAUCUUUUGGGAGUAUGACCUCUGGGAACCACCUGUUUUUGUUAAAUACUAUCAAACAAGAUGUUCAACA